ACCCUCGCGCUUCACCUGUCUUUCACAGUCCGCUCUGUUAGGCUUUCCAGACGUCGUCCCUUGCCUCCCUCUUCCGUAUAGCCCCGCAUGCUCUUUCCCGGCCAGUCGGCCCGACGGGUCCUGUUAGCGUAGGGCCUUACCGGGUGGUUUGCACUUUGAGAGAGCUCCUGGGGCGAGGGGAGCCAAUAGCACUUCAAGUCAUCGCCGUCACCAGGGGAACUUCCCGGGUUCAGGCUGCACUCCCCGGCCCGGCCCAGAGCCCCGGGGUCAUCUUUGGGGGAAGGGACCCAAGAAUCUGCAUGCUUAAUAAGCACCCCCAUGAGCCUUUUAAGGUCUUAUUCAAGUUUGAGAACCACCAAGGAAGAUGUCAGGCACAUCGGGUGGAAUAUAGCAUCACCUUAAUAAGGUAUAGCCCUCCCCCUCCCAAAUGGCAUUUUAGGAGUCUUUCAAAACGAUUCGUGAGAAAUGGUUUUAAAAUAAAACCUGCUAGAGUGGUCAGAAUCCAUAUUUGAAUUGGAAACAAACUUCCUCCAGGAGUGGUGAUGAGAUGAAUACUUUAUUUGGGCUUAAAACUUGGCUCUACAAGUGCAAAAAGGAACACGGGAUAGUUUAUAUAGUUAUCACUGGUAGGAGGAAGAGCAGAAACUGCUCUCUGUUAUUUUUCCUGAUGGCCCAUAAGUAGGACACUGGAGAACAGUGGCAUUCACAGUGACUCUGUGGUCACCCUUAGUACAGGUCAAGAUGGAACAUACAGUAAUUCGGUAAGGCAUUUCUCCAGGGAUUCUAAGCUAAUGGCUGAGGCUCUCUAGUGGUCCCAUCCCUCGCCAGCAGUCCCUCCCUGACGGCCCUGACCAGGUAAGGACAGGGAUGUACCUCUGAAUAGGGCACAUCUAAUUUUGGCCUCCUAACUCCUCCCCUUCCAAAGACACCUGCUGUCUAUCACCUGCCCUCCAUACCUGGACCAUCUUUACUUUCCCCACAAAAGGUGCCUUGAGUACAGGCAGGCUGGAACUCCUAGGCCUGGAAACCAACCUGGGAGGGCCUAGGUUCCCACUGUGCCUCUGCCCACCUAGAAGACAGAAUUGGUAGUUCAGGGAUGGUGAAGGCAGGGUCACAGAGCAGUUUGGUGUGCUGAGGGGUGCAGAAGGCAGAGGGAACUUGUGUGAAAUGUCUGUAGUCGGAGGGAUGGUAGACAGGGAUGAUCUAGAAAUUCUGUUGUGUUCUCUCUCCCUAAUCAUAUGGAUACACAUAUGUCUCCCCAGAGAUUCAUGAGAGCUAAUUACUGACAACUCCAUCCUGGGCCCUGCUUUGAAAUGCUGAUCACUCAAGAAGCAUGGGGGAGGUUAACCUUGAGUGUCUUUAAACUUUAGAUUAGAGGUCACACACUCAGCCUCCUUCAGCGCCUCAAUAACAAAGAUGAGAGAAGAGGGCCGGGUAGGGCACAUGGCAGGUCAGAGGGUGCGCCCUGACUGAAGGGGGCUGUUAAUUGUCUCUUAUCAGUUGUUCCUACUCAGGAACCCAAGACUACUGUCUCUAGAUCUUUUUAAGAAAAAACAGACAGUAGGAUUUGUAUAUGAAACAUCCUGAUUUUUUAAUGUUGGCAGCCAGUUAAAACAUUUUUAAGUACAAGUAGACCAAAACAGAACACUGUGGGUUGUCCUCUUGUGACCUCAGCUUUGGAGUCAAUGGGCAUAUCCCGCAGCUAUUUUUGUGAGACCAGCUGAGAACCUGGAGGACUGGUGGGUGGUGGGCUGAAAGAGAUGGGCACCAAAGCAUCAAAAAACUAGAAUUCCUGGUCUUUCUGUCACUGCUGGGAGGAAUUCAGCUGUCAUUUUAAGGCAACCCUUUGUUUUACAGAUGAGGGAGAAAAGACUAGAGAGUAGAGAAGGCAGGGAUCUGCCCAAGAUCAUGUAGAGCUGGUUCCUGCCCUGGGACCAGACCCCAGGUACGCCAGCUCUCAGCCCACUGAACCACGUGAACUACUGCUUCAAAACCAGGACACCAAACCUGGCUCCACCAGGAACAGAAAAGGCUUCCCCCAAGUUGGAAAGAGACGCCCUUUCUGACCAGAGUCAAAGUUUCCCUGAAGCUUGUCUCGCCCAGCUUCCCCAUUGGCUCAUGGGAUCCACCCCCUUCAGGGUUCCUCCCCCUACUCUGCAAGUUCUGGGAGAGGGGACAUUCCCUGAGAGGCCAAGGGUCACCACGACGCCAUGACUGAGUCUGGCAAGCCCAUCCUCUACUCCUAUUUCCGGAGCUCCUGCUCAUGGAGAGUUCGAAUCGCUCUGGCCUUGAAAAGCAUCGACUACGAGACCGUACCUAUCAACCUCAUAAAGGAUGGGGGACAGCAGUUCUCUGAAGAAUUCCAGGCACUGAAUCCAAUGCAGCAGGUGCCGGCCCUGAAGAUCGACGGAAUCACCAUUGGCCAGUCACUGGCCAUCAUUGAGUACCUGGAGGAAACUCGGCCCACUCCACGCCUCCUGCCGCAGGACCCGAAGAGGAGGGCCCAGGUGCGCAUGAUUUCCGAUGUCAUUGCCAGUGGCAUCCAGCCUCUGCAGAACCUGUCCGUCCUGAAGCAAGUAGGACAAGAGAACCAGCUGACCUGGGCCCAGAAGGUCAUGCGCUCUGGCUUCAACGCUCUGGAGCAGAUCCUGCGGAGCACAGCAGGGAAGUACUGUGUGGGAGACGAGGUGUCCAUGGCUGAUCUCUGCUUAGUGCCUCAGGUGGCAAACGCUGAAAGGUUCAAGGUGGAUCUCACUCCCUACCCUACCAUCAGCCGCAUCAACAAGACGCUGCUGGCCUUGGAGCCUUUCCAAGUGUCUCACCCCUGCCGGCAGCCAGACACACCGCCUGAGCUGCGGGCCUAGCUCCCCAGCUGUGCCCCGUGGGUGAGGGGGCAGGGAGAGGGUGCAGGAGCAGAAGCUGAGGGGGAUGCUGAACAGGCCUGGCAACAAGCAAGCCCUAACUGGAGAAGCAGGAGACCUGAACUCCUUGAACUUGGACUAUAGCCCUGGAUCUGCCUUCCCACUGAACCUCCUUGUGCCUCAGUCCCCUCGUCUGUCCAGUGCGGGUAGCAUGGGGGAGAGGAUACUGGGAGGGAGGGAGGCAGGAACAUCACCGGUCAUCUAUGUCGUGGGGCAGUCGUGAAGGUGAGGUGAGAAUGUAGCCUAAAAUGCUUGGUGGGUUUGGCAAAGGGACAUAAGGGAGCCGGCGCGCCUCUUCCCAUGCCCACAGCUGUACCUGACUCCAGAGAAUGCCCACGCUGAAAUUUGAUAAUUAAACUGAAGCCCAGGCCUCCAGGUUGUACAGUUAAGGCUGAGCUGCAUUCCAGAAGAUGAACACCCUUCCUAGCUGGAAUCCCCCUGCAUCUGGGCCAGGAGAGAAAAAAGUCCAAAAGCCUGCCAGAGAGAAGCAGACCAGAUCCAGAAGAGGACAGACAGAAGCGGCAGGAAAGGAAGCAUUUUGUGACCAGCUGAGUUUGCAGGGCUAGAAGGGUACCAGGAAGUGGCCCACUGGAGCACGGAGGGGGAAGCUGGCGCCCUCAACCCAGAACAGCCCUAGGAGUAGGCACUUGGAAUAAAUACAGUCAUGAAGGGCCCUGGGAAUCAGAGGCAGGCUCCUCCAUGGUCAGCGUGACCCGCCACUGCCCAGGCUGGCUCCGGACCCCACGCAGCUAGCAGCUUGCCUUGAGAUACCUUCUGGGAGUGGAACAAGAUGACUUUUAUGUCCUGUACCUGAGAUUUCAUUUCCCCUGCGUGGCUAAGGCUUCAACAGUGAGUUCAGGUAGAUGUGUCUGGCUCACAUGGAAGCCACCACUCUCAGCCAUGAGUCCCUUUUCUUCGGCCCCGACCCCAGGGCACCUAGUGCUCCCAUCCUCCCGGGCUCCUUUGUGGCCUUUCUUUCCUGAAUUUGGGUUCUAGGCUUUAGAAUGACCAAAAUGGGCCACUCUUGUUCCUGAGACGCGCUGGUCCUGGCAGAGAAAAAAGCACAGGGCGUUCCGUGAGACACAGCAGUGUUGGAGACUCGGUGGCUCCCCCUGCCCUGCCGCCGUCUCUCCGUCCGCUUACUCCAGGCUUGCGCGGCUGGGUAAAGCUCCCCCCCUACGCUCUGUCCAGGAAACCUUGACUCAAGAGACUGAUCUCAGCCCUGGGAUCAGGACUUGCACCUGAUUUAGACAUUUGGAGUUGAAGGUGAUUAAAGUCCCCAUAGAUUUUAAAGACACCAGCUUGCAGUGAGCCUUCCCCGGUGACUUCCCCACCUGGGAGUUGGAACGUGUGGCUUUGUGACUGGGAAUGUGGCAGACGUUGCUCUUCUUGAACUCCUGUCCCUCACUUACCCUGGGAAAUUUCCUUGGCCACUUGGAACUCUCCCACUCAGCAUGGUUAGUCUGUUACCUAUCUGCUUGUCUGUCUGAUCCAAAAUGACUUCUAAGAGUUGCCGUA